GGGACCUGGGCCCUCCCCUUGAGGGCUCCGGGGUCGGCGCGCCCCCUAAGCCCCGCUCGCGGCUUGUCAGCUGGUCGUGGACCUCAGGCGCCCGCUCUUCAGAGGCCGGGCCCCGCCUGCGACGCUCGCAGCUCCUGGCGAUCACAGGUCUCCAGGCCAGGGCAAUGUUUCGCACCGCAGUGAUGAUGGCGGCCAGCCUGGCGCUGACCGGGGCCGUGGUGGCUCAUGCCUACUACCUCAAGCACCAGUUCUACCCCACUGUGGUGUACUUGACCAAGUCCAGCCCCAGCAUGGCAGUCCUCUACAUCCAGGCCUUUGUCCUUGUCUUUCUCUUGGGCAAAGUGAUGGGCAAGGUGUUCUUUGGACAGCUGAGGGCAGCAGAGAUGGAGCACCUUCUGGAACGUUCCUGGUAUGCUGUCACUGAGACUUGUCUGGCCUUCACCGUCUUUCGGGACGACUUCAGCCCCCGCUUUGUUGCACUCUUCACCCUCCUUCUCUUCCUCAAGUGUUUUCACUGGCUGGCUGAGGACCGUGUGGACUUUAUGGAGCGCAGCCCCAAUAUUUCCUGGCUCUUUCACUGCCGCAUUGUCUCCCUCAUGUUCCUCCUGGGUACCCUGGACUUCCUCUUCGUCAGCCACGCCUAUCACAGCAUCCUGACCCGCGGGGCCUCUGUGCAGCUGGUGUUUGGCUUUGAGUACGCCAUCCUGAUGACUAUGGUCCUCACCAUCUUCAUCAAGUAUGUCCUGCACUCCGUGGACCUCCAGAGCGAGAACCCCUGGGACAAUAAGGCCGUGUACAUGCUCUACACGGAGCUGUUCACAGGCUUCAUCAAGGUUUUGCUGUACAUGGCUUUCAUGACUAUCAUGAUCAAGGUGCACACGUUCCCUCUCUUUGCCAUCCGGCCCAUGUACCUGGCCAUGAGGCAGUUCAAGAAGGCUGUGACGGAUGCCAUCAUGUCCCGCCGCGCCAUCCGUAACAUGAACACACUGUAUCCAGAUGCCACCCCAGAGGAACUCCAGGCGAUGGACAACGUGUGCAUCAUCUGCCGAGAAGAGAUGGUGACGGGGGCCAAGAGACUGCCCUGCAAUCACAUUUUCCACACCAGCUGCCUGCGCUCCUGGUUCCAGCGGCAGCAGACCUGCCCCACCUGCCGCAUGGACGUUCUCCGGGCAUCACUGCCGACCCAGUCACCUGCGCCCCCGGAGCCUGCUGAGCAGGGGCCACAGCCGGCCGCUCACCCCCCACCACUCCUGCCGCAGCCCCCCAACUUCCCCCAGGGCCUCCUGCCUCCCUUCCCUCCAGGCAUGUUCCCGCUGUGGCCCCCGAUGGGCCCCUUCCCACCUGUCCCACCUCCCCCCAGCUCAGGAGAGGCUGGGGCCCCUCCGUCCACCGGUGCAGCAGCCCUUCCUCGGCCCAGUGCAGCCGCCACAACCACAGGGGCUGCUGCGGCCCCGGCCCCAGCCCCUGGCUCCGCCCCCGCCCCCGAAGGCGGCGCCGCCCCAGGCUUCCCCUUCCCUCCCCCCUGGAUGGGCGUGCCGCUGCCUCCGCCUUUUGCCUUCCCCCCCAUGCCCGUGCCCCCCGCGGGCUUUGCGGGGCUGACGCCGGAGGAGCUGCGGGCUCUGGAAGGCCACGAGCGGCAGCACCUGGAGGCCCGGCUGCAGAGCCUGCGCAACAUCCACACGCUGCUGGACGCCGCGAUGCUGCAGAUCAACCAGUACCUCACCGUGCUCGCCUCCCUGGGACCCCCCCGACCUGCUGCCUCAGUCAGCCCCACUGAGGAGACUGCCCCGGCGGUGGUCACUGCUGCCUCCCCCACCAGCAUCCCCAGCUCUGAGGCCACCACCCCCUCCCCUGGAGCCUCCCCACCAGCCCCUGAGCCUGAAAAGCCUCCAGCUCCUGAGUCACUGGGCACGGAGGAGCUGCCUGAGGACGGGGAGCCUGAUGCAGCAGAGCUCCGCCGCCGCCGCCUGCAGAAGCUGGAGUCCCCUGUUGCCCACUGACACUACCCCAGUCCUCCCCCUGCCUCCACUCUCUCGGGCAGCCCUUGCUGUAACACGUCCUGCCACCAAGUGCCCGCUCCCUCUCCGUGUGCACCAGGGAGUAACGACCCCCAGCUCUGAGAGAAAGGAGGAGGCAUCCCCUAGGCCAAGUGGAAAGACGCCUGAGGCCCCAGUUGACUCCAGCCCUUCCAGUCCCGGGCAGCCAUGGGGAUCUUGGGUCCAUUCCAGCCUCCCUCACCCCCCCUUCAGCCUGUUCUGCUGGGGCCGUGAAGGCAGGAAGGCAGUCUCUGAGAAGCCCUCUCCCCCUCCCCCCUCUCUGGGAGAAGGGGCAGCCCCUCCAAGGCCCACCUGUGUGUGUGUGUGUGUGUGUGUUUGUGUGUUUGUGAAGUCGCUUCUGUGCUAAACAGUAUUAGCGCCCCGAUCCCAUGUGGGAACUUAAGGGGCUGGAGGCAGGCCAGGAACUUGCUCCCUGGGCCACCCACCAAGAUUGGUACUGCUGUCCCUUUUCUUAUGCUAAACUCCCUAGAGGCCCUUCGUGAUGGUGGCUGUGUCACUCAUGCCCUGUGGUGUUUCCGUGUCUUACUGGCAACCGCCCAGCUCAGGGAGAGGCCUGUCAGAGGAGCAGGGGGGCAGCACUGAGAUGCCCUGCCCCUCUCCCCAGGGCCCCUUCUCCCUGCGGUCUAUCAAGUGAGACCAUUCCUGAUCUCACCCAGCAACCACUGCCCAGCCUUACGCCAGGCUGAGGGCCCGUGCGUCCGCUCCUGAACCACUGCAGGCCCCAGAAUCUGUGGAAGCCGCUUCUGGACUCACAGAAUGUCUCUCGGGUUCAGAAGAAUUGGAACUACUUCCCUGCUGUUGUCUUUUGGCUUAAAUUUUGUCUUUGAACUUGAAUGCUUGACCCUAGGAAAGAGGAGCAGGAGUGUCUGGCUCCUGGUCUUUCCAGUUUAGAAAAGGCACUGGGCCAGGUAGGGACCACAGGAGCUGAGGCCGGCCUGCCCUUGUCUUUUUUUUCCCCUCAGUUCUGUGUUACAAGAGUUGCUGGAGACCGUUUCAGAUGAUUAUUUAAUUUGUAAAUAUUGUACAAAUUUUAAUAGCUUAAAUUGUAUAUACAGCCAAAUAAAGACUCGCCUUAGUGACUGGUA